AUGAAGGAAGCAAGUGCGUCUGGCGCAAAUGGACAGUCAAUUCUAGAGAUAGGACUAGCUGCGGGAAUGAUCCUAUCAGCUUGCUGGGCUGCAGGACCAUUGGCCGAGUGUUCCGAAAGUGACCAAAAAUGGAUGUGGGACAUCGUUGGAUUUUCUGAAGAACCAAGAGGCUCUAACGAAUCCCAAGAUCGGAGGCAUGUUAGCGGGGACCGACACGACGUCACUCGCAACACUGGCAGGGCCAGUAUCGGAAAACUGAAGACCUCGAAUGAGGAUGUUGCAGGCUCCGGGUUAAGCAUCGCUUGA